UCGCCAUAUCGUCGAAAUCACCGCAACAAUGGCGACGACGACGACCUCUCUGAAACACCUCUCCUCCAUCGCCAAUGACGUCGUCCAACGCUGCGCUCUGAGAGUCGGCUGUUCUGUGGAAGAAUUGGUGGAGGAGUUUGAGAUUUCGUGGAAACCUGAGACUGGAAUUAGCUAUUCGAGGAAGUUCGUGGAGUUCUGUAGCGCCAAGGCUCUCCCUAACAUGUGCCAAAAAUUCGAGGAGGAUAUCAGCACUGGAUCGUUUAGCCGCUUCAGCUUCGAUAUGAUGCUGGCUUGGGAGAUGCCUUCCUCUGAAGACGAACAGUCUCGCGAGGAGAGUGUGGCGAAGGGGAAAGAAGAGAAGAAGAAAGUUGUAGCUGCCAGUGUGCCUCCGGAGCAAGAUGAGAUCCCUCUUUUCUAUUCGGACCUUAUGCCCUUGCUUGUUAACGACGAUCCAGAUGUCGGAGAAGAUGCAUUUGUGUGGUUGGGGUCUUUAGUUCCAUUAGUUUCGGAUCUUGUUAAUGCAAGAUUCACAUUCGAAACUCUAACAGCUCCAACUGGACACCGGCUUCAUUUCCCAGCAUAUGAUAAAUUUCUGAAGGAAAUUGACAAAUGCAUGAAGCACCUCCAGAAACAGGCAACUCCAAAGGGUGUAGAACUACGAGACGAUGAGUUCAUAUUGCACGUGGAGGGAACUGCUAGCUCCCAAAGGGUAGUGCGCCACAUCGGAUCAACAAGUUGGCCUGGAAGGCUUACAUUAACUAAUUACAGCCUCUACUUUGAGGCUUCGGGUGUGAUAAGAUAUGAAAAUGCAGUUGAGAUAGAACUCUCAAGGGACACUAUGCACAAUGUGAAGCCAGCUUCCACUGGACCUUGGGGUGCACCACUUUUUGACAAGGCAGUAGUCUAUGAGUCCCCUGGGAUAUCAGAGGAAGUUGUGUUGGAGUUUCCAGAGGUAACAAGUUCCACAAGACGUGAUCAUUGGCUUGCACUGAUAAAGGAGAUCAUACUCUUGCAUCGUUUUUUGCGGAAAUUUAAUGUGAAAAGUCAAAUGCACGUGUGGGAAAUGCAUUCUAGAACAAUAUUGGGGAUUAUAAGGCUUCAUGCAGCCAGAGAACUGCUUAGAAUAUCUCCACCUAUUCCUACAAAGUUCCUAAUCUUUGCCUUGUGUGACGAGUUACCGAAGGGUGACUAUGUACUAGAAGAACUUGCUGAAAAUCUAAAGUUGCUGAAUAUUGAACAACCAUGUAGUGCUACUUCAACCUUGAGAUGUAUGAACAUGUCAGAGUUAUCCAACUCCAGAGUAAAAGAAAUAAAGAAAGUUUGUAGUGCAAGUGAACUUGAUCAAGCACAGUCCUCCUUACAGAAUGCCAUUGAUCAGGCCAGAGAAGAAGAUAAGGAAGUUGCCGUUGCCAAGGCUACUGCUGUAGGUCUGAAAGAAGAAGGAAUCGGCGAAAGUGCACUCAUCUUCCUGGAGCUAUUGAAGCCACUUAAGAGCAGGUUACCUUGGUUCAAAGAAGUUCUUGAAUGGGAAAGGCCAAUGGCUACCAUUGUUGUGCUCGCUGGGUCUUUGAUAAUUACAUUUAAGGAGUGGUUUGGCAAGGCCAUGGCCGCCCUGCUGUUUUGGGUGGUUGUGGUGAUGCUUCAAGCGAGAAUGGAAAAGAUUCAGGACAAGUGCGACGAGAUUGUGGUCUGCACUGCCUCUGACCAGAGUACGAUGGAGACCAUUGUGGCUGCCCAACAAAGUUUGCAAACUGUGCACGAGAUGGUGAAAACUGCAAACAUUGCAGUGUUGAAGAUUUGGUCCAUUUUCAUAUCCAAAACCCGCAAGCACGCAGACAUGGCAAUGGCGGUGUUGAGUGGCCUGGCAAUAACACUGGCAGUAGUUCCAACCAAGUACAUAGUAAUGGGGGCAAUUCUAUAUUGCUUUUUCACGACCUCAAAACUGCGGAAGAAGCAAGAGGACACCAACAGCGGAGGAGACAGACGGCUAAAAGAAUGGUGGGACUCUAUCCCUGUUAUCCGCGUUCGUGUUGUGGACAAACUUCCCAAUCCUGACAGCGCCAGCCCCUCGUAUUAAGGGUAAUUCUCAAUUCCCCCCCUUUUCAUGCUUUCAAUGUUCAGUCUGAUUCUGUGUGUGGGGUCAAAUUAAAGUCCUUGAAAAUUUGUGAAUAUGGACAAUGGAAAAGGCCCACAUGACCUAUGGGAUUAGAUUUUAGAAGGGUUUUUGGUUGUGGGGCUGAGUUUUUGGACUUGAGUUUGAUCUGAAAAUUCUGGGGUUUUUUGGGUUCAAUUUUGGACUCUUUUUUAGGUGUAACAAAUAAAGUGGAUGAGGUAUUGAUACACGUAUAUUGGAAUAAAAUAUUGUCUGUGAUGUGAUUGAGAUUCUUUAGAAGAAAUUCUGCAUGAA